CGCCUGCGUGCUGCGCCCCAGUGCGCCUGGACUGGGCCGCCCCUCGCCCCCGCCACCCUCUCGAGGGCCCUUUGUGCGCACGCGCGCUCGCGCUCCCGCCCUCUAGCUGCUCUCGGCUGAGUCAGUCAGUCCGUCUGAGUCUGUCCUCCGAGCAGGUUAAGUCGAGGGGCUUCGGAGAAUCGGCUGCCCGAUUAUUCUGUCUCCCCUCCCUCUUUCCCGCCCCGCAUCUCUCUUCACCCUUCUUCCGCCCUUGCUCGCACAGCCAUGGCGGAGUCUUCGGCGGCCACUCCGUCCCCGAACCGUCCGCGCCCGCCGGUGGCGGGAGCCCGGGAGCCUGCCCCGCCCUGGGGGCGAAGAGCUGCGGCUCCUCCUGUGCGGCCAGUUUUCCAGAGCAUCCUGCUUUUCUCUCAAAGGAAGUUGGUCAAAUGGAAAAGCAGACCUUACUUGAGUCUAAGAACCCAAAUAAGAUAUCNNGUAGGGAAGAUGAAACUGGAUUGGAUACUGAUGACAGAUUCACUUUGUUAUCAUCCCAGAAACCACUCACUGAGCAGUCUAAGGCAGAAGGCAUUUGUACAUACUCCUUGUCUCCAUCUGAAUUUUCAGGAGGUGGUAUUGAAAAGGAUUCCCCUGAAUCACCAUUUGAAGUAAUUAUUGACAGAGCAGCAUUUGAUAAAGAAUUUAAAGACUCAUAUAAGGAGAGCACAAAUGGUUUUGGUAGCUGGGCACCACACACUGAUAGAGAAUCACCUGUAGACAUCUCAGAGACGAAUGACAAACUAUUUCCAUUGCGAAAUAAGGAGGGAGGGCGUUACCCAACCUCUGGAUUGCUCACUAGACAGUUUUCACACACAACUGCAGCACUGGAAGAGGUAUCUAGAUGUGUAAAUGACAUGCAUAACUUUACCAAUGAAAUAUUGACCUGGGAUUUGGCUUCCCAAGUGAAGCAACAGAUCGACAAAUCUGACCAUAUCACGGAAACUGCAGGACUUAACGUCAGUGAAAAUAAUUCAGAAGUUCCCACUGUAAAUCUUAAAACUAACACUCAUCAGAAUAUUCCUGUAUGUUCUAUUAAUGGGAGCGCACCUAUCACUAAAUCAAUAGAAACAUCCUUCCCACAAGAAAAUGUUAUCAUGGGAAAACCUAUACCAGACCAACUUGAUUCCACAAAGGAAGCCAGUAUCAAAGGUGAACCAGGCAACAAGCAGAAACAAAACGAUACACUUCUGGAGUUAUCAGGAUCUCCAUAUGAAAAAUGUCUCUCUUUGGGUUCUGGAGUAGCCCCAGUGAAAGUAGUUUUACCUGAUGACCACCUAAAAGAUGAAAUGAACUGGCAGAGAUCUGCAUUGGGAGAAAUCACAGAGGCUGAUAGUUCUGGUGAGUCUGAUGACACAGUAAUAGAGGACAUCACAGCAGAUACAUCAUUUGAAAAUAACAAAAUUCCAGCUGAAAAACCUGUUUCCAUUCCAAGUGCUAUUUUUACAGUACUUGUAAAAACGGGUGAAAAAGAAAUCAAAGAGAUCCCCAAUUGUAAGAAGGAAAACAAAACAUCUAAUACUAUUGAAGAGUCAGUUGGUGACUAUGAGCCACAUCAAGUUCAGCCUGAUAGUCUUGAAAGGAGUCCAGUUGGAGAGGCAGUGUGUCCACAAGUCGCCAAUAUAAAUGUAAUGUCUGAAGAUGUGAAGCAAGCAGGCAGUGUGAGUGAACUUGUUCCUGAGAAGCCUGUUAGAACCGAGAACCCAAAAUUGCCUUCAGAAGCAUCUCUAAAUGUGUUUAAUGAGAGAGAAUUCUCACCAAAUGUGACACCUUCUGCCUGUUUGGAGUCAUUAUAUGGAAAAAAUAUUGAAGAUAAAGACGAUUCCUCCCCUGAAGACCUGAUAGCAUCCUUUACAGAAACCGAAGAGAAAGGAAUAGUAAGUGAAGGAAAUGCCUUUGAAGUAAUAUCAAAGAAGAUGACAGACUUUAAAACAGCUCUUCCUGUAGAAGUCAUACAUGAAAGUGAGUCAAGCAACUCUGAAAGUAAAGACAUUAAAAGCAAAUACAAUGAACAAAGCAAAAACACAAAUGGAGGUGAACUUCUGGAUGGUUUCCAUACCCAGGAUACUCCAGUAGCAUCUCUUGAUUUAGAACAAGAGCAGCUCACAAUCAAAGCUCUUAAAGAAAUAGGCAAAAGACAGGUUGAGAAGUCAGCUUCCAUGCAGGAUAAAGUGGAAUCUUCUUCAGAAGAAAUAAUCAAGCAAACUUUUACAUUUGUCCCAGAAUCUUGGCCACAGAAAUCAAAUGACAUCUCUAUUGUAGAACAUAGAGAUGUCAAGACUGGAUCUGAUGCUGGCAUUUGCAAAAGGCCCACUAUUAUCAAAGAAACUACUAGUGUAGCUAUUAUUUCUGGCCUUGACAAGACUGAACUGGUAAACAAUCAUGUCCUAGCAAGACUUCUGACAGACUUCUCAGUGCACGAUCUGAUUUUCUGGCGAGAUGUGAAGAAGACUGGGUUUGUCUUUGGCACCACGCUGAUCAUGCUGCUUUCCCUGGCAGCCUUCAGCGUCAUCAGUGUGGUUUCUUACCUCAUCCUGGCUCUUCUCUCUGUCACCAUCAGCUUCAGGGUCUACAAGUCUGUCAUCCAAGCUGUGCAGAAGUCAGAAGAAGGCCAUCCAUUCAAAGCCUACCUGGAUGUAGAUAUUACUCUGUCCUCAGAAGCUUUCCACAAUUAUGUGAAUGCUGCCAUGGUACACAUCAACAGGGCCCUGAAACUCAUUAUUCGUCUCUUUCUGGUGGAGGAUCUGGUUGACUCCUUGAAGCUGGCUGUCUUCAUGUGGCUGAUGACCUAUGUUGGUGCCGUUUUUAAUGGAAUCACCCUUCUGAUUCUUGCUGAACUCCUCAUUUUCAGUGUCCCAAUUGUCUAUGAGAAAUACAAGACCCAGAUUGACCACUACGUUGGCAUUGCCCGGGACCAGACCAAGUCAAUUGUUGAAAAGAUCCAAGCUAAACUCCCUGGAAUUGCCAAAAAAAAGGCAGAAUAAGCCUCUGGAAACCAGAAAUGCAACAGUUACUAAAACUCCAUUAAUUAGUUAUAACGUUGUUGUGCUAUGAAGGAACAUGCUCAUGUCAGCUUGAGCCUGCAUUCCAAGCUUUUUCUUUAAGUUGGUGUUUUCUCCCCUCCUUUCCCUUUACCCUCAGUAUCAAGCACAAGAAUUGUUGGACUAAAAAAGAACUGAUAUCUUAGAAUCCAUAAGAAUAAAGAAAAAAAUUAAAUUAAUAGGAUAAAUCAGUACCAUAAUGGUCAUAGAGCUUUUACAUACAGCUUGAAAGGGGAAAGAUUUGGAGGUAGAGGAGAAAAUGAAAGAACACAUCUCUUUGGUCCUUCUGUCCAAUUCUCAAGGACUAACCUUACACAGUUUCCCAGUAGAGACUUGCCCUUAUUUUUAAGUUAAGAAAUAAUGAUUAACUUAUGAAGAAAUGAUUUGGGGACAGGAAUGGGAUUCCUUCCCUAGGGUUUUGUGCAGCACUCCAAUUCCCAUCUCUGUCCCACAAUGUGAGCAGCUACUCCUGAUAUUCCUCCUCUUCGCUUAAUGAUACAGCUUUCAGCUCUAUGAGUAACUUAUAGGUGAUAGCGAUAAUUCUUGAUUCCCAGAAUGCCAUCUGAUAAAUGAGAAUGUAAACAAAAAAAUGGACUGGAGAGGGAGUCACCUCUCACUCCCUCUGCCUCUCAUUUCUAGGAGGGAAAGGCUGUGCUAUUUGAGAGGGAGGUGUCUGUCGCUUCUCUUGGAUACCCGUUCUGAGUGUUCGUUUGAGAGCUCAUUCCUGAACGUGCUUUCCUCCCUCCCUGCCCACCUCACUUCAUUUAAUAAAUAUGGUUGUACUUUUCUUAUUAUGAAAUAAAUGUCUGUAUCUGCUGUACACUGCUGUAAACUUGUUAAGAGAAAAAAUAAUCUGCA